GCGCGUCUAUGUGUGUGAGUGUGCACGCGCGUGGAACCUGGGUACCGGGCGCCGGUGCCCCACUGCCUUCCACACCCUGCCUACCUCGCGGCUCCUCCCUUGCUCCCUCGGGCCGCGGGAGGAUGCCACACUGAGAGCGAAGGCCGCGGGACCCAGGUGUGCUCGGCUUGCGGGACCGCUGGAGACAAAGGGGGCGCGGAGGUGAGCCCGCCAUGGCCUCCCGGAGCCUGGCGGGCCUGAGCGGGAGCCGCGGCAGCGGCGGCGGCGGCAAGAAGAGCCUCAGCGCCCGCAAUGCUGCGGUGGAGAGGAGGAACUUGAUCACCGUGUGCAGAUUUUCUGUGAAGACCCUGAUUGAUCGGUCUUGCUUUGAAACAAUUGAUGAUUCUUCUCCUGAGUUUAAUAAUUUUGCAGCUGUUCUGGAGCAAAUUCUAAGUCACCGGCUAAAAGGUCAAGUAACCUGGUUUGGCUAUGAAAGUCCUCGCAGCUUCUGGGACUAUAUCAGAGUGGCUUGCCGGAAAGUCUCACAAAACUGUAUCUGCAGCAUUGAAAAUAUGGAAAAUGUCAGUUCCUCCAGAGCGAAGGGUAGAGCCUGGAUCAGAGUAGCACUCAUGGAAAAACAUUUGUCUGAAUACAUCUCGACAGCUUUGAGAGACUUCAAAACAACCAGGAGGUUUUAUGAAGAUGGAGCCAUUGUCUUGGGUGAAGAAGCGAAUAUGCUUGCUGGCAUGCUGCUUGGACUCAAUGCUAUCGACUUCAGCUUCUGCCUAAAGGGAGAAGGAUUGGAUGGCACCUUCCCUGCUGUAAUAGACUAUACGCCAUAUUUGAAGUUUGAGCAAAGCUCUGAUAGUAUUAGCAGUGAUGAGGAGGAGCUCAGGACUUUCGGGAGCAGUGACAGUGACAGCAGCACUCCAGAGAACGUGGGCCCUCCUCUUAUCAUGGAUGAGAACAGCUGGUUCAACAAGUGCAAGAGAGUAAGGCAAAAAUAUCAACUCACCCUGGAGCAGAAGGGCUAUCUUGAAGAACUCUUACGGCUUCGUGAGAACCAGCUUUCUGAAUCUGUCUCUCAGAAUAAAAUACUGCUUCAGAGGAUUGAAGAUUCUGAUCUGGCCCACAAGCUGGAGAAAGAACAGUUAGAAUAUAUCAUUGUGGAGCUCCAAGAUCAGCUGACUGUGCUAAAGAAUAAUGAUUUAAGAUCACGACAAGAGUUAACUGCCCACCUCACCAACCAGUGGCCUUCCCCAGGAGCUCUGGAUGUCAAUGCUGUUGCCUUGGAUACCUUGCUUUACCGAAAACACAAUAAACAGUGGUAUGAGAAAAGUUACCAAAGCCUUGACCAAUUAUCAGCAGAAGUUAGCCUUUCUCAGGCCUCGCUGGAUCCCAGCCACUCACAAGAAGGAGACGGGAAACAAGAGUCUUUGAAUUUCAUCUGUGAAGGUAAAGAAGAUACCCCCUCACUGCUUGGUCUUUGUGGGUCGCUAACAUCAGUGGCAAGCUACAAGUCCCUAACAAGCCUAAAAUCAAAUGACUGCCUUGCCAGCCCCACCACGGAGAUGACAAGUCCAGGCCUGACUCCAUCCUGAAGGACUGCAUAAAAACCCAAAGUCUCUGAAUUGUAAAUAUUCUGUUUACAUAAGUUUGGCUGCCAGAGAAAUCUUUGAAAUUUUAUAUUCUGGUACAUGCGUGGCAUUUUGUUGUUUGGAGAUUUCAGUCCUGCCCAUGUAAAGUUCUGAGGGAAAAAGCAUAGUAGUCCUGCUAUUUUUCUUUUUUUAAAUCUCACAUUUGUCACUGAGAAUGUUUAAGAUUGAAUAGGCUUUUUAAAAAAUCUUACAAAGAUUGUCUGAAUCCAUUAUAAACUGUACACAGUUGUUAUUCAACUGAUUUUUAUAUAUUUGUUCAUAGGUGUCUUGGUGUCCAGAAACCGGGUCCAGGUUUUAUUCCAGACACUUAAGCUUA